AUGACCCACUGGCUUACAGUACUCCUGGCGACUACCGUAACCCUCACUACAGUAUCCCUACUGAAGUGUACUGUAUGCGAUUUCCACUUGCAGCCACCACACAAUCAGACGUGUAAUGAGACGUGCGAAGGAGAUGUCUGUUAUAUAGUUAUCAACAAAUAUUUCAAUGGAACGAUUAGUGCGGGAUGUAUGCACCUUAGGGAAGAUGACAAAUUUGAAAAUGAGGCGGUUUGUCAGAGAGGCGCCCACGACAACCGGUGCGCGUGUACCAUCUUCGACUACUGUAACAGUCCGAACGUCACCCUUCGAAACUACACGUUCACCCAAUCGCCGGUACUCGAAAACUACCAAUGGCUACCACAGAUACAGCCGCCAAUGCCGUCCAUACAACCAGUGAUUCCACCAAAGGAUAUUCCAAUGGGCGGGGAUUUGAAUGAAACAGCCACCGAACUUGAAAACGGGGUAGAACACGACUUGACGCAUGAGCUCGACAACUCUUCCAACACUACCACACAAAUUUUACGAAACGAGGAAGAGAACGAGAACAUGUUGACAGUCACCACAACGAUAGGAUUAAAUGUUCGAGAUCAGCAGCCACAGACGCAACGCAACGAUGACGUGGCGGAUGAGGCAACGACUAUGAGAAGUUUCACCCCUGGCCAAGGAAGUGUAGAAGUGACGAAAGUAACCCAGGAAUCCAAAUCCCCCACCGACCGGAAUCUUACUGUAACCGAUGGAAGCGGACCAAACCCAUCCGCGCCACUGACUACGGUGAUGGCAGUGAUGGUACCUGUUAUGGUAUAUUAUAUUCUGUGCUAA